AUGACCUGGCCCCGCCCUCCUAAAGAGGCACCGUCCAAACUCCAAGGACUUUUGAGUAGUGGGACUGGUGAACUGCCAAGGUACAAACAAGAUUCAGCUGAUUCAUUCACCAGGUGGAAGACACUCUUCGCUGUGGACAGCUCACCUGGCUUCACACUUCGACUGACCCCAAGGCCCAAGGCGUCCUCCAUUGAUAAGGAGGAGGAGGCUCUAAUACAGCUAAAGCCUGAAGAGUGCACCAGCUGCCCUCAGGAAGAGGAUGUCAUUGAGGUGAAGUCUGUGGAUGGUGGCAAGGGUCACAAGCGGCCCUAUUGGGUCCUCAAAGAACGUGUUCAGAAACACCAAAAGGAAAAGUACCAUCGACAAGGGCCCCAAAUCAGCCCUCAGAGUGGCAGCAAUGGCCUACUCACCACCGAAGGGCCAGCGCUUGAGGCAGAGGAAAAGACUCCUGCAGACCGGGAGAAGGGCAGAGCAGUGGACAUCCCCCUUGAUGUGACAGGGGACAUGGAAAAGGAAAUCAGUGAUGCGCUGGGCCCAGGGCCACAAGAUGAGAUCUUAAGUAGCGCGUUCAACCUACAGAUAACUCGUGGAGACACGAAGUCACUAAAGGACACCAAAUGGCUCAAUGAUGAAAUCAUCAAUUUUUACAUGAAUUUUCUCAUGGAAAGAAACGAAAACCAAGGCUAUCCAGCGCUUCACACAUUUAACACCUUCUUUUACACAAAAUUGAAGCAUGGAGGCCACACAUCAGUGAGAAGAUGAACUGGGGGAGUGGAUCUCUUUGCAGAAGAACUGAUCUUCAUGCCAAUUCACCUGCAGAUUCAUUGGAGCCUGGUGGCCAAAGACCUAAGGAAAAAGAGCACUGUAUACCUGGAUUCAAUGGGAGGGAAUGGACAAGAGAUCUGUGAGACCAUUUUCCAGUAUCUACAAAUUGAGAGCAAAACCCAGAGAAAGAUAGAUCUGAACCCUUUGGAGUGGAGGCAAGCCAGCAUGACCACAGAGGAGAUCCCUCAGCAGUGGAAUUGCAGCCACUGUGGAAUGUUUGCCUGCAAAUAUGCGGAUUACAUUUCUCGAGAGCAAACCAUCACCUUCUGUCAGAAGCACAUCCCUCUGUUCAGGCGGAAGAUGGUGUGGGAGAUCCUGCACAAGCACCUACUGUAGCCGGCACCUGCUGUUGAGGCUGCUCUGCACAUUCAUG